CUAUAAAACCUUCCUUAAGUUCCUCCACCACUCCUUUUUUUCCCAACAAUUGCAAAAAACUUUACCCUAAAACCCUAAUUCUCCCACCAAUGGCUUCCACCAGACAAACCCAAAAUGGCUCCGUUGUAACCCAAGAACCCCUUACAACAAACCCAAAUUCUCAAGUAGCAGACCCAAAUUCAUUAAAAAAUGAACCGGGUAGUGGAGCUGAGGUUUUGGCGGAGAAGCCGAAAUGGCCGGGGUGGCCCGGGGAUUGUGUGUUUAGAUUGGUUGUACCUGUGCUUAAAGUUGGUAGUAUUAUUGGGCGGAAAGGUGAGCUUGUUAAGAAGAUGUGUGAAGAUACUGGAGCGAAGAUUCGCGUUCUUGAUGGCCCUGUUUCUUCUCCUGAUCGCGUCGUUCUAAUAUCAGGGAAAGAAGAAACCGAGGCAGCAUUAUCCCCGGCGAUGGAUGCUGUUAUGAGAGUGUUCAAACGUGUCAGUGGUUUGUCUGAAGGUGAAGGUGAUGGCAACUUACCUGGAGUUUCUGGGGCUGCAUUCUGCUCCGUUAGGUUACUUGUAGCAUCGACACAAGCUGUGAACUUAAUAGGAAAGCAAGGGUCUCUAAUCAAGCCUAUCCAGCAAAACACUGGUGCCUCCAUACGAGUUCUUUCCAAUGAUGAGAUGUCAAUCUAUGCGACUUCGGAUGAGAGAAUUGUGGAAAUUCAAGGUGAAGCUCUUAAGGUUCUUAAAGCUUUAGAAUCAGUUAUUGGGCACCUUAGAAAGUUCUUGGUGGAUCAUAGCGUUCUUCCCUUGUUUGAAAAGAGUUACAAUACACCUGCUGGUCAGGAGCGCGAAACCGAGCCUUGGUCUGAGAGGACGAUGCUUAAUACUUCACGACCAGGACUUGGUGAUUAUCCUCCUCUAUCAGGACUUGGUGAUUAUCCUCCCCGAUCAGGACUUGGUGAUUAUCCUCCUCCAAUAAAGAGGGACACUCUAUUUUCUGAUCGUGAAAGCCAGCUGGACUCACUGCAUUCUACUCGCCUUUCACUGUACGGGCAAGAUUCGGGGCUUUCAUUGUACGGACAGGAUCCUGGACUUUCUGGAACUCGCACUUCAGGUCUUGGUCGUGCUGGGAAUUCUGUUAUUACUCAGAUAUCUCAAACUGUUCAAAUGCAAAUACCGCUAGCUUAUGCAGAAGAUAUCAUUGGCUUAGGGGGAGCAAAUAUUGCUUAUAUACGGCGUACUAGUGGUGCUAUUCUUACAGUGCAAGAAAGUAGGGGUGGUCCUGAUGAAAUCACUGUGGAAAUAAAAGGGACGUCAUCACAAGUUCAGACAGCCCAGCAACUUAUCCAGGAAAGUAUGAGCAGUCACAAGGAAUCACUUCCGAGCAGUUAUAGCCAGUUGGAUUCAGGCUUGAGGCAGUCUUCUUACUCUGACCUAGGCAGGGGCUCUUAUCCAUCAUCUUCAUUCGGUGGACAGCAAUAUGGUGGUGGCUAUGGAUCAUUUGGUGCUGGAGGAGGAGGGUACAGUAGCUACAGGUCAUGAAGAGAGUAGCCCGAGUCUUGGCACUCUCGCACUUCCCUUCGUGUUUGUUCUUGUGCAUUUGGUGCCAGAGCAAAUACUGAAGCAGCUGCAUGUGGUGGUUCAUGCUUUGUUAAUCUAUUGUCGCUUACAGCAUGUAUUGAUAGCUUUUCAGUAGCUCACCGUAGCUUGUAGUUCUUACAUGUGUAUCGAUAUGAUACCAUUGAAUCUUUCCUUUAUUUUUAUUUUUUAUAUUAAGCUUCGUUUUGCAAA